AUGACGAAAGAUUCGAAAAACCUCUCCAGCUACGGUUCUCAACAAAAAAUAUCGGUAAGCGAAACCCCAAAUGGAGAGGCCAUCGACCUGGACGACGUCUUACCUAAAAUUGGGGAAUUUGGGCUAUACCAAAAGCUUUUACUUUGGCUUGUGUGUUUGCCAGCAUGCCUGCCCUGUGGAUUCUGCGCCUUCAACCAGCUGUUCAUGACAGACGUACCCGAUCACUGGUGCAAGGUCCCAGAAUUACAGAACAUGACGCAAGCUGAACGCAAGGCGCUCGCUAUACCACUGAAGGUGGAUGACAAUUCCACGUAUGAGAAAUGUGUUCGAUAUGCAAUGAAAUGGACUUUUAUACAAAACAUUGGGUCACUGGAACCUAACUCUACCUGGCCACAAGAACCCUGUUGGGAUGGGUAUGAAUACGAUACAUCUGAAGUGACCUCAUCUGUGGUCAUCGAUUUCGAUUUAGUCUGCGAAUAUGAUGUAUACCCCACCCUCGGAUUAGUAGCUCUUAAUGUCGGCGGACCGAUUGGAGUUUAUGCGUUUGGACUUCUAAAUGACCGCAUUGGUCGUAAAAAAUCAUUUUUCGCCUGUCUUACUACAUUACUUGUAGGAAGUAUAAUGACUGCAUUUGCACACGAAUAUUGGGUUUGGGUUUUAGCCAGAAUGAUAGUAGGACUUACCAUUCCCGCCGUGUACCAGAUACCUUUUAUUAUAUCGCUGGAGCUUGCAGGUCCUAACUACAGAUCAUUUGUAACAGUAAUGACAUGUGUAUUUUACACUCUAGGUUUAAUUAUGUUAUCUGGUAUCACGUAUUUACUAAGAGAGUGGAGGUCACUCGCACUGGCCACUUCAGUACCGUUUUUAUUUUAUUAUGCAUAUUGGUUUGUUUUACCCGAAUCGCCGAGAUGGUUGUUGAUGAGAGAACGCUUAGAAGAAGCUAACAAAAUCCUGAAAAACAUUGCGAGAGUAAAUGGAAAAGAAUUACCUGAAGAAUUUACUACGAAGCUUCAAAAACAAGUAUUGGAACAGAAAAGAAGAGGUUUCAAAGAAGCCGAAACUGCAAGUGUGUUUGCUUUGUGUAGAACACCCAAUAUGAGGCUAAAGACUUGUUUAAUAACUCUAAAUUGGUGCGCAUCAGAAAUGGUAUACGUUGGGCUAAGUUAUUACGGUCCUGCUAUUGGAAGUAACCAAUACAUGAGUUUUUUUCUAUCGUCAGCUGUAGAAAUACCAAGUUAUAUUGUAUGUUGGAUACUUAUGGACCGAGUGGGAAGAAGAUGGCCCCUAUGUUUGUCAAUGGUUAUUAGUGGAAUAUUCUGUAUAGUAACAGUUUUAUUACCAGAAGAUGCUCAAACGGAAACCCUUAUCCUGUAUUUAAUAUCCAAAUGUUUUAUAUCGGCGUCCUUUUUGAUAAUAUAUCCUUAUGCUGGGGAACUAUACCCGACGGAAUUACGAGGUGUUGGAAUUGGUACAUCAGCAUAUAUAGGCGGCUUGGGCUUGAUUAUAAUACCCUUUAUUAAUUAUUUGGGUUCUAGCAAUUUGGUAUUGCCCUUAGUGGUUAUGGGCGCCGUAUCUGUUGUUGGAGGAUUAACUGCUCUUCGUCUGCCAGAAACUCUUCACACUCCGCUUCCACAAACAGCAGAAGAAGGAGAGGAGUUUGGAAAGGAUUGGAAUUACGCAGACUGUUUUGUUUGCGACGGUCAGAGACAAAUUUCAGAUGCAGAUUCCUAUGAAAAUUUAGAUCAACUGGAAUUAACUCAGGCUCCCCUCGUAAAUGACGAAACACAAGAGGUUCCGAAUAUACGAAGACCAUCAAUGCGCAAACUUGUAAGACAAUCAAGCACUGUUGAGACCCAAAGAGAUAUUGAUGGCAAUAUAAAUAUGACGUAUUGGUUUUAA